AUGGGAAAAUAUGCACGAAUAAUAUUGUAUUUUGUGACCUGGAUAGCUUUAGCAAUCACAGCAGUCAUUUUGAAUGUUUUCAACAUGGAUUGGUCCCAAACGAGUAUCUUUAAUGGCGUUGCUAUCGUCCUAUUGCUGGGAAUCCUUCAAGGGUGUGUCUUGGAAUCGCCUGCUCAAACCAUUGCAACUUUGAUCCUCGGUGGUCACACACGUAAGUUGAAGAAAAAUCCGGAUUUUGAGCACCUCACUCUAGUUCUCAAUUAUAAUCUUCUUGCAACAAAUCGCGAAGAGAUAGAGGAAUGUAUGCAAAUGAUGUAUACGGCUUUCAUGGGUAAUCUCGCUCCAAAUGUGUCGGCUGUUCUCGUCAGCGCGACUGGGGACGAGGAAUUAAAAGACUAUGAGCUCUUCAUGCGUGACGUAUACCGCGUCAUGAUAUUUGAUGAACUUUACACCGAGGGAUUAGCAUAUGCCCGAGAGGAUUAUCUCCACGUAGAUAAAUAUAGAUUUUUAUAUGUGUGGCGUCACUUCCGGCACAUUGACUCUGUAUUUUUUAUUCGGAAGUAUCUGCAUGAAGUCUGUGAUAAAUACAGCAGGGAGUUUAUGCUCGUCCACCGUGUAAGUCGUGUAUUACGGAAGUGCGGUCAGUAUCAAGACCUCAUGCUUCUCUCGGCUGGUAUGGAUCGAGCUGUCACAUAUUGUGAUCCUAAGUACUACGGAGAUUGUGCUAGGGAAUUGGGAAAACCCCUUUUUCAUGAUUCUGACGACGUCAAACGCAUUCUUGGUCGGAAAUUCGAUUACACGCUUGUGUUGGAUGGGGACACUGGGGUUCCACCUGGAACUGUUUACGAUUUAAUGAGAACCGCUGCUGCAUAUCCCGAGAAAGGCAUUAUCCAGCCCGCAAUUACACUCAUAUGUAAUCGCUGUGACACUAUGUUUAUGCACUUAGAAUCGAUGCGACAGUCUAUCUCAGAACCAAUUACAAAUGCACUUACAGAUCUCUUUGGACAAUCGUCUUACUAUGGAAAAGCUUUGAUCAAGAAUGACAUAUAUAUCGAAAAGAUUUUAUACCACGACGGCAAACUGAUAGAGAGUGUUCCGAUUGACGUUCUUAGUCACGAUACGUUCGAGGCUUCCUUGCUUCAUCCCUUAUAUGCAGGUUCCGUGUCUCUACUAGAGGCACCGUCUUACAACUACGUCACAUGGGAUAUACGAGAACGCCGAUGGAACCGCGGGGAGAUUCUCAACGCCAUGUACUUUUGGGACAACCUAUUCGGAAAGCCAAUGCGAUUUUUACAGAAAAUAGUUCGAAGGAAAAAGUUUACACCUACAAAAUUAAGGACGCGUUCUGACACAGACUUCAUAAGCUCCUAUAUGUCUCAUCUCGCACUGCGACAAAUGUGUAUGAAACCAUUUCUCCUGUUCUUCAUCUUACUCAGCGUAAAUAUAUCGCUACACCAAGUCUAUCUACCUAUCGUUGUGGUUAUGUUUUUGAUCAUCGUUUUCCCUAAAUUUGCAACAUGUAAUAGGAAAAACAUCAAGUCAGUCUGUUUCGAAACUGUGGCAUCAAUAUUGCAAUUCACACCGGAAGCUGUCGUUGGCUGCGUGCGCAUUCUAAUGGCAUUUUAUGCUAAUAUCGUAACUGGUGUACAGUGGAUACCUCAAAGAUCAGUUGAAAUGGAAUUCAAAAGUAAGAACCCCUUUUUAUCUGCAUUUAGACAUUUAUGGGGAUAUUCUACAGUUGGAAUUGUUGUAGGGUUUUUUUUAAUCGCUUUUCAAGUUGAUGCCAUGUUCAUGUUUCUGAUGCUAGUAACAAUGGUACUGCUUCCGGUUUUCACAGGAAUAACGUCACUUCCGGCUGGAUAUGUUGCAAAGUACCGCGGCAGGGUAGGCAUUGAAUCUGAUUCGACCCCUUCUACCAAAUAUGACAAAGGGUUCGUUAUCCCCCCUCCUACUAGGAGAUUGAAUACCCGCGAGAGAGCGCGACCAUUUGUCGCCUGGACAGUGCCACUCUCAUAUGAUCUAAGUAUUGUUUAG